UGCGCUCUACUCUGAAAUGGAGGUGUGGAUGUGACGCAGGCGCAGUGGCUUCACAACUAUCCAGUCCCGUCCUCAAGCAUAGACAUCAACAAGAGAGCGGGUUUACUGAUGCGGGUUCGUUUUCCUAAUACUUACUCCGCUACGACGCUCUUCAGGGAUACUUGCUUUGUGUCAGCUUCACCAAACUUCCAACAAGAUGUUUGGCUUUCAUAAGCCCAAAAUGUACCGGAGUUUGGACGGCUGCUGCAUCUGUCGGGCCAAGUCCUCCAGCUCCCGUUUCACAGACAGCAAGAGGUACGAGAAGGACUUCAGGAGCUGUUUUGGGUUGAGUGAAACCAGAUCAGGAGAAAUCUGUAACGCCUGCGUCCUCCUUGUGAAGAGAUGGAAAAAGCUUCCAGUGGGAACCAAGAAAAACUGGAACCAUGUUGUUGAUGCCAGAGGAGGCCCCAGCCUAAAGAUAACAUCCAGGCCCAAGAAAAUCCAAACCAUCUCCAAGAAAGCUCGGCCGAGCCAGAUCAGCAGGCUGCAGAAGGAGCUGAAGAGAAACAACUCAGAUGCCCACAGCACAACCUCCAGUGCCUCUCCAGCUCAGUCUCCCAGCUACAGCAACCUGUCCGACGACGGCUCCGACACCGAGCUGAGCCCCGGGUCCAGCCGCUCCCCAGUCUUCUCCUUCCUGGACCUCACUUACUGGAAGAGGCAAAAGGUGUGCUGUGGAAUAAUAUACAAGGGCCGCUUCGGGGAGGUGCUCAUCGACCCCCAUUUGUUCAAACCCUGCUGCCGCAACAAGCAGCGACAGCAGCAGCAGCAGCAGCAGCAGCAGCAGCAGCAGCAGCAGCAACAAGAGGAGGAGGAAGACGAGGAGGAGGAGGAAGAGGAGGAAGAGGUUGAGGUAGAGGAGGGUCAAGUGGGGGUGGAUAAAUCCCACGUGGAGGAAGUGGUGGUUAAGGAGACGCCUACGGGUGAGGAAAAUGCAGAGCCUGCUGAGCUAUGUGUGACGGCACCUCCAGCCAGGAGCGGGGAGGUGAUGGAGGAAGGCUGGUGAAGCAAAGAACCCUUUUUUUUCUCCUUCAUUUGGCGACCUUCUGGAGAAAUCUCGGGAUGGAUUUUGUUUGAAAAAAUUUUGUUUCAUUCCCCCCGAGCACUUGCAGAAAGUAGUUGCCUCAGAUUGCCUUCAGUCAAAAAAGCAGCUAAAACAUCUUUGGUUUUCUCCAUGAUUACGCUGGAGGAUUGUUCAUUAUUAUGGUUGAACUGUAACUUAUGGACUUCUAUGUUCUUUCUCUAUUUUUUAUUAUUUUUGUUGUUGUUGUAUUUUAUAUUUUUGACCAUGCUGAUGAUGGACCAUCAUCUGUGGUAUUGCUGAUCUACUUUAGAUGAAAUGCUGGAGCUCUUGUUUGCUGGUACAUUUUGCAGAUUUUAUUCCAAAACACAAUACAUCUGCUUCUUGACAGAAAAAAAAGGGUGCUACUUGAAAUUUAUGACUCAAUAUUUCAAACAUCUGAACCCAUUCUCACUGUGGAUAUCUUCUAAGCUAACAUAUUUAUGCCUGAUAUAGGUGCAUCUCAAUGAGCGAGAAUAUCAGCGAAAAGCUAAUUUGUUUCAGCAGAUGAAUUCAGAAUAUUAUUAUUUUAAUUUUCAAGAUUGUGGCUUUCAGAUUAUGAGAACCCACAAUUUAGGUUUGCAAAAAAAUUUAAUAUUUCAUAAGACCAAUAAAAACUUAUGUAUGUAGAGUAUUUGCACUCAGUGUCUGGUUGGGGUUCCUCUUCCUUAAAUUACUGCAAUAAUGUAACUUAUCUCCUUCUUUUUUGUUUUUCUUUCCCCCUUUUUUUCCAAGCACCUUAAUUUUUAAAAUUCAAAAUCAACUUUUUUACAAUAUGAACCGGAAAGUCUGAAGAAACUCUAAAACUGAAUGUUCUUUAAACUCUUGAAUAAGAUUCAUCUUACAAUUCUCUCAAUCCUGCAGUUAUUUACUUUUUAAAAUCAUUUUCAACUACAUGUUUUUCUUCCACUAAACUUUUAACUGGUAUUUCUUUAGUAAAGACUUUUAGUGAUUUGCCUACCUCAUGUGGGAACUCUAACUAUCUACUGGAGAGUUGUUUAGUCAGCAGUUUUAGGAUUGUGCAUGCCAAAGCACAUUUCCCUAUUUAUCAUCCACGCUUUAUUUAUUGGUCUUAUGAGAUUUUUGGAUUUUUUUUGAGAGACAUCAUUUUGGGUUUUCAUUUGCUGUAAGCCAUAAUCUUCAGGAUUAACAGAAAUAUAUGGAAUCAACCAAUGUAUACAUUUUUCUUUUUGGAAAAAAGAAUUACAAAAAUAAAUUAACUUUUUGAUGAUAUUAUAAUUUAUGAAGCUACGCCUGCAUAGUGAUAGCCUUUUAUUUAUAAAAAGUAUACCUUCCUGUUUUUAUCUUUGGAAGUUGCUUUGGAGCGAUUGAUGCUUUACACUGACGCAGCACAGACAUGUACAGCGGCCCCUGUGUUUCUCUGUCUUUUCACAAUGAUGUCCCCUCCUAUCAGAGGAUUUUCUGUGUGUGUAUUUGUUGGAACGUCUGUGUGCAAAUGUUAAUCCAUUUAAAUAAGGCCUAUUCACAAUCUCAACAGCAAGUACACCAGCCUUAAUUGUGUGUCACAGACAGUGCUAGUGUUAAUCCUGGAUUGGUAUUAAGGAACAAAACGAUAAGGGAUAGUAGCUGUAUUUAUUGUGGCCUCAGCAACACACAGUGCAUUCUGCAUGAAUGGCGAGAUCACUCACCCAAGAGACCUGAAAUACCCUGAUGCAUGAGUCUUGGAAAUUUUAGCAUGGCCUUACAGAAACUGGAAAUCUUGCUUUUUCUUGUUUUUGUUUUUUGAUCCGUUUUUCUGAAGUUGUAACUUAUUUUUGUAUGUAAAGAAAAGACAUGGGGAAAGGGAGAAAUAGUGUCUUUGCAUAAUAAUAUCUCACCAAACAACAGCAAAUCACAAAAUGAUCAGUUUAUAGUCAUUCAGCAAUACCAAUAUCAGUAAUCUCUGUCAUUCCUGGGUCAGUUUAUGGUAAAAGUCUUUAUACAAGCAGAAAUUCUAUGCCAUUGCCUCUAAUAUACCACAAAUGUGUUGUGAUGUAUAGCCUGAUAAUACUUUAUUUAUCAAUCGAAAGCCAAAGCACAUUGAAAUUCACCCAAUGUCAAAUCAAUGCAGGUUUUCUAUGGACACUUGUGCUUGUCCGGGCCAUUUGUAUGUAUCUCUAUGGUAUUCUUAAAAACACACACAAAAAAAACAAAAUAAAAAAAAAAACAAGAAGAAGAACACUAAUAUGAAAUUUCAUAUGAUGUUGAUCAUUUGGAGCUGUGAGUUUGAUAUGUAAAUAAAAGGGCCGGGUGGGUCGAAUGGCUCUCAAAUACACGUUUCAUUAUUUAUUUAAUUCAUAUUUAUUUGUAUCCCGGCUUAGAAGUGUUGUUCUAGAAACCCUUUUUAUUAUUAACUUUCCAUCUUUGGAAAUGUGAUUCCGACACACGCUCGCUCUGAAGUUGUGUCGAAUCGAUUUAGCUUUUUUUGUGCAUCUAUUUAUUUGCUCAUCAGCUGAGUUGCGUGCAACCUAAAUUAUACUGUGUCUCCACUUUGUAUCUGUAUCAUGUAGACUGUAACGACCGGUAAACUGCAGCCAAACUGUACAUCUUCCUCUUUAAUCUUAUAGCUUACAAAUGUUAAAGUAGUAGGAAACCACAGUAGGAUACCUAACUCUAGACUUGCAUGUACUGUUGCUAUGCAUUUACUUAGCUUACAACUUAGACAAAGCGUUUUUUUGUAUUUUUUAUAUAUCAUGUACUUUUUUUACUUGUCCCUUAAUAAAAGUAAU